GCCGCUUCACGGCAGGACCCGCCUUUUCCUUUCGUGCCCGGUGAACGGGACGGAGAGACGCUGAGCGCCGGUCUGCUUGUUCCCAAGGCGCAGCGCCGCCAUGCCACAAAACGAGUAUAUAGAGUUACACCGGAAGCGAUAUGGUUAUCGCUUGGAUCACCAUGAGAAGAAGAGGAAGAAAGAGGGCCGUGAGGCUCAUGAGCGCUCAAAGAAAGCCAAGAAAAUGAUUGGGUUGAAAGCCAAGCUUUAUCAUAAACAGCGCCAUGCAGAGAAGAUACAGAUGAAAAAGACUAUUAAAAUGCAUGAAAAGAGAAAUACCAAGCAGAAGAAUGAUGACAAGACCCCAGAAGGAGCUGUGCCAGCAUACCUGCUGGACAGAGAGGGCCAGUCCCGAGCCAAGGUUCUCUCCAACAUGAUCAAACAGAAGCGGAAAGAGAAAGCGGGGAAAUGGGAGGUUCCUAUACCCAAAGUCCGUGCCCAGGGAGAGACAGAAGUACUCAAGGUGAUCCGUACAGGAAAGAGAAAGAAGAAGGCAUGGAAGAGAAUGGUUACUAAAGUGUGUUUUGUUGGGGAUGGCUUUACCCGAAAACCACCUAAAUAUGAAAGAUUCAUUCGACCAAUGGGUUUACGUUUUAAGAAAGCCCACGUAACACAUCCUGAACUUAAAGCCACUUUUUGUCUACCUAUUCUUGGUGUAAAAAAGAACCCCUCAUCUCCUCUAUAUACAACUUUGGGGGUAAUUACAAAAGGUACAGUCAUCGAGGUGAACGUGAGUGAACUUGGUCUCGUAACACAAGGGGGCAAAGUUGUCUGGGGGAAAUACGCUCAAGUAACCAACAAUCCAGAAAAUGAUGGAUGCAUUAAUGCAGUUCUGCUUGUAUAAGUGUCACACCACCAUUGUGGGCAUGCAUAAUAGCUUUUCCGAACAGAUGAGCCCUUCAAAAUAUUUGCAGAUAAAGAACUUGUGUCAAAGAAUAAGCAUCUGAAGACAAGAGGACUGAAAGUCUGAGAACUGUUUUUUCCUUUGAACUUGACUAUUAAUAAAGGAAACCAACUUGUAUCAAA